CCUGCCACCAAGAGGCUGAUGACUCGGAGGCCCGGACGCCUGGGUUCGUGAGCGCUCAGUCCACUGCCCUGCACACAAAUCCUCAUGAGCUGAUGCUUUCCCGUGUAUUCGAUCAGCUUCGGGGAUAGGAGGGUUUGCUCUUCGGAUUGAUCGAAGCCAGCCGCUUCAGCGGGAGGUUGCAGUCCGUCGGCCGUAUUUACCAGGUGCCCACUCUGGUCAGGGCACGGCGAGGUCUUGUGAUGGUUUGGGAAGAUGUUACCAGAGUCACCGGAGAGAGCUUUGCAUCCCUUGGUCCAGGUUUUGGAGACACAGAUGGAACCUCCAAGGAUGAAGUUGGGGGAGGACAUCUCGCCAGGAUACAAAUUUGUCUCACCAGCGAGUGGCUCGGUACCGAGAAGUGCCCCCCUUUUCAACAAGACCCUCAAACAACUCCAGGAGCCCUCACCUCCCGCGGCUGAGAGCAAAAAGACUCAAAGAGGAGCUGAUCCCGGGGUUGCCAGAGCACUUUUGAACCCUCCCGACUGGCCCGGAGACACGGGAACUUGGGAUCAGACGAAGCAUUUGAACAGAGGCGAGGCGGUAUCUCUGCUGGAGGAUGUGACCCAAAUUCAGCAGGAGAAAGUUUUAGAUGUUCUCUGGAUUCCUGGCCUGCCUCAUCAAGGGAGCAAGAAUGACUUAGAGGAAGCAUCCUCCCUUCUUCCAGAUGGGUCUCAGGCGGUGCUGUUUGAGGAUGUAGCUGUGUCUUUUUCCCGGGAGGAGUGGGAGUGCUUGGAUCCCUCUCAGAAGGCCCUCUACCAGGACGUCAUGGGGGAAAACUACGGGAAUGUGGUGCUUCUGGGAAUUCCAUGUCCUAAAGUGGAUCUGAGGACCUGGAUAGAGUUCAGUGAAGAACCAGGUGGUCCCAACUUCCCCACGGUCGAGGAAGGGGAGAGUGCAAGAGCAGCUUCAACAGCAGGAAGCCCAAGGGAGAGUCAUAACAAAAUUCCUCAGGGCAAGGAAACUGUAGGGACACCCAAACAGUGCCAAGGAGGGGCACCUGCUCAAGACCUCCCCGGGGGAGUCUGGGAGGAUGAGCCAGACCUUAGCAGGAAGAAGUCGGGCCUCCCUUCCUUCCUUGAAAGCCCUCAGGGAGACACGUCGGAGCAGGGAGGCGUAACGAGGAGCCACCAGAUGGUCUGCCUCGCCAGUCAGCAGAGAGACCCCCGAGGAGGGAGCCCCCGCGAGUGUGGGAAAGGCUCCAGCCAGAAAUCUAACCUCACCCUCCACCCGAGGACCCACACAAGAGAAAAGCCCUUCAAACGCCCCAAAUCUGGGGAAGGCUUCAGUCGGAGCGCAAAGCUUUCUAAACAUCAGCUCAUCCGCUCGGGAGAGGAGCCUUUUCUCUGUGACUGUGGUAUACGUUUCUCUCAGAAACCCAAACUCAUCCUGCACCAGGGGACUCAAGGGGAAGAGAAAGCCUACAGGUGUGAAUGCAGAAGCGGCUUCCAUCAGAAAUCAAACCUCUCCCUGCGUGGGAGGCCUCCCGUGGCAGGGAAACUCUACAAGUGCCCCAGCUGUGGAAAAGGAUUCAGUCAGAGCUGCAACCUGGCCAUGCACCAGAGAAUCCACAAAGAAGAGAGGUCCUAUCCAUGUCACUGUGGGAAAAGCUUUUCUCAGAAAUUAAAGCUAAUCCAACACCAGAGGUCUCACGCAGGAGGGAGACGGUACACAUGCCCUGACGGUGGCAAGGGAUUCAGUCAAAAAUCCAAACUUGUCCAGCACCAGAGGAAGCACAUGGAAGAGUGUGGAAAGAGAUUGAAAGAGGAAGGUAACCUGGUUCAGCACCAGAGAACUCACAUGGGAAAGGAACCCUACAAGUGCUCCGGCUGUGAAAAAGGCUUCAGCCAUAGCUCCAACCUCUCCAAACAUCAGUGCGUCCACAAUGGAGAAAAACCUCACAAAUGCCCCACGUUUGAGGAAGGUUUCAGCCAGACCUCCAACCAUCAGUGUGUCCACUUUGGAGAGAAACCUCACAAAUGCCCCAGAUGUGGGGAACACUUCAGCCAUAACUCCAACCUCUCCGAACAUCAGUGCAUCCACACUGGAGAGAAACCUUACAAAUGUCCCAGGUGUGGGGAAGAUUUCAGCCAUAGCUCCAACCUCUCCGAACAUCAGUGCAUCCACACUGGAGAGAAACCUUACAAAUGUCCCAGGUGUGGGGAAGAUUUCAGCCAUAGCUCCAACCUCUCCGAACAUCAGUGCAUCCACACUGGAGAGAAACCUUACAAAUGUCCCAGGUGUGGGGAACACUUCAGCCAUAACGCCAACCUCUCCGAACAUCAGUGCAUCCACACUGGAGAGAAACCUUACAAAUGUCCCAGGUGUGGGGAAGAUUUCAGCCAUAGCUCCAACCUCUCCGAACAUCAGUGCAUCCACACUGGAGAGAAACCUUACAAAUGUCCCAGGUGUGGGGAAGAUUUCAGCCAUAGCUCCAACCUCUCCAAACAUCAAUGUGUCGACAAUGGAGAGAAACCUCACAAAUGCCCCACGUGUGGGGAAGGUUUCAGCCAUAGCUCCAACCUCUCCAAGCAUCAGUGCAGCCACACUGGAGAGAAACCUUAUAAGUGUCCCAGGUGUGGGGAAGGUUUCAGCUGUAGCUCCAACCUUUCCAAACAUCAGUGUGUCCUCAAUGGAGAGAAACCUCAUAAGUGCCCCAGGUGUGGGGAACACUUCAGCCAUAGCUCCAACCUCUCCGAACAUCAGUGCGUCCACACUGGAGAGAAACCUUACAAAUGUCCCAGGUGUGGGGAACACUUCAGCCAUAACUCCAACCUCUCCGAACACCAGUGCAUCCACACUGGAGAGAAACCUUACAAAUGUCCCAGGUGUGGGGAAGAUUUCAGCCAUAGCUCCAACCUCUCCGAACAUCAGUGCAUCCACACUGGAGAGAAACCUUACAAAUGUCCCAGGUGUGGGGAAGAUUUCAGCCAUAGCUCCAACCUCUCCGAACAUCAGUGCAUCCACACUGGAGAGAAACCUUACAAAUGUCCCAGGUGUGGGGAAGAUUUCAGCCAUAGCUCCAACCUCUCCAAACAUCAAUGUGUCGACAAUGGAGAGAAACCUCACAAAUGCCCCACGUGUGGGGAAGGUUUCAGCCAUAGCUCCAACCUCUCCAAGCAUCAGUGCAGCCACACUGGAGAGAAACCUUAUAAGUGUCCCAGGUGUGGGGAAGGUUUCAGCUGUAGCUCCAACCUUUCCAAACAUCAGUGUGUCCUCAAUGGAGAGAAACCUCAUAAGUGCCCCAGGUGUGGGGAACACUUCAGCCAUAGCUCCAACCUCUCCGAACAUCAGUGCGUCCACACUGGAGAGAAACCUUACAAAUGUCCCAGGUGUGGGGAAGAUUUCAGCCAUAGCUCCAACCUCUCCGAACAUCAGUGCAUCCACACUGGAGAGAAACCUUACAAAUGUCCCAGGUGUGGGGAAGAUUUCAGCCAUAGCUCCAACCUCUCCGAACAUCAGUGCAUCCACACUGGAGAGAAACCUUACAAAUGUCCCAGGUGUGGGGAAGAUUUCAGCCAUAGCUCCAACCUCUCCGAACAUCAGUGCAUCCACACUGGAGAGAAACCUUACAAAUGUCCCAGGUGUGGGGAAGACUUCAGCCAUAGCUCCAACCUCUCCGAACAUCAGUGCAUCCACACUGGAGAGAAACCUUACAAAUGUCCCAGGUGUGGGGAAGAUUUCAGCCAUAGCUCCAACCUCUCCAAACAUCAAUGUGUCGACAAUAGAGAGAAACCUCACAAAUGCCCCACGUGUGGGGAAGGUUUCAGCCAUAGCUCCAACCUCUCCAAGCAUCAGUGCAGCCACACUGGAGAGAAACCUUAUAAGUGUCCCAGGUGUGGGGAAGGUUUCAGCUGUAGCUCCAACCUUUCCAAACAUCAGUGUGUCCUCAAUGGAGAGAAACCUCAUAAAUGCCCCAGGUGUGGGGAACACUUCAGCCAUAGCUCCAACCUCUCCGAACAUCAGUGCGUCCACACUGGAGAGAAACCUUACAAAUGUCCCAGGUGUGGGGAACACUUCAGCCAUAACUCCAACCUCUCCGAACAUCAGUGCAUCCACACUGGAGAGAAACCUUACAAAUGUCCCAGGUGUGGGGAAGAUUUCAGCCAUAGCUCCAACCUCUCCGAACAUCAGUGCAUCCACACUGGAGAGAAACCUUACAAAUGUCCCAGGUGUGGGGAAGAUUUCAGCCAUAGCUCCAACCUCUCCGAACAUCAGUGCAUCCACACUGGAGAGAAACCUUACAAAUGUCCCAGGUGUGGGGAAGAUUUCAGCCAUAGCUCCAACCUCUCCAAACAUCAAUGUGUCGACAAUAGAGAGAAACCUCACAAAUGCCCCACGUGUGGGGAAGGUUUCAGCCAUAGCUCCAACCUCUCCAAGCAUCAGUGCAGCCACACUGGAGAGAAACCUUAUAAGUGUCCCAGGUGUGGGGAAGGUUUCAGCUGUAGCUCCAACCUUUCCAAACAUCAGUGUGUCCUCAAUGGAGAGAAACCUCAUAAGUGCCCCAGGUGUGGGGAACACUUCAGCCAUAGCUCCAACCUCUCCGAACAUCAGUGCGUCCACACUGGAGAGAAACCUUACAAAUGUCCCAGGUGUGGGGAAGGUUUCAGCUGUAGCUCCAACCUCACCAAACAUCAGUGUGUCCACAAUGGAGAGAAACCUCACAAAUGUCCCACGUGUGGGGAAGGUUUCAGUCAGACCUCCAACCUCUCCAAGCAUCAGUGCAUCCACACUGCAGAGAAACCUUAUAUAUGUCCCAGGUGUGGGGAAGGUUUCAGCUGUAAUUCCAACCUUUCCAAACAUCAGUGUGUCCUUAAUGGAGAGAAACCUCAUUAGUGCUCCAUGUGUGGGGAACACUUCAGCCAUAGCUCCAACCUCUCCAAACAUCAGUGUGUCCACACUGGAGAGAAACCUUACAAAUGCCACAGCUGCGGUAAAGUCUUCAACCAUAGCUCCAAUCUCUCCAAACAUCAGUGCAUCCACCCUGGAGAGAAACCUCACAAAUGUCCCAGGUGUGGGAAAGGUUUCAGCCAGACCUCCAAUCUCUCCAAGCAUCAGUGCCUCCACUCUGGAGAGAAUUUACAAAUGCCCCAAAUGCGGUAAAGGCCAGAACUCAAAUUUCUAACCCCCAGAAGAGCCACACAAGGGAGGGACCCUGACAUUGUGUUGACAGAGGGAAGGAUUCUACUCGACUGAACUUUAGAGACAUACCAAAAGGCUUUGUUUUUAGAGGAGGCAUUGUAUUCUCUCUGGAAUGAAGCUGAGACUCCUCUAGGAGGCCAUUUGGGCUAGGCCUCUUACUCCAGAAUAAUUUGAUGCCUAAACUUCCUGGGACUGAUUUGAGUCUCUGGUUUUUUUUACCAUGUAAUUCCA